AUGACGCUCAUAGUCACGCAGCUGUAUAACGCAGGUCUCCCGUACAGGUUCAAGCAGAAGUCGUGCUCCGGUUCCCAACUCUCCUUCCCCGCCCAUUCCGGCCCCACUCCACCGCCGCAGCCCCACAACGGCUCCGCCCUCCGCAACCCUCCGGCCGACCGACGUUAUCACAUCUACCACCUAGCGGGCUAA